AUGCUCUCACGUGUUGCUGCAGUGAAGGCACCCCGCACAGACAACCGUCGCCGCGUGACCGGAUCCCGCGGAAAGAGAAAGGGAGGAAGAGAGAGUGAGCAACAGAGGCCCAACAUGUCCCGGCGUGUGUUUACUUCCGCGGUGCUGCUUCUCCUUGUCGUUAUGAUGUGCUGCGGCACCUAUGGAGCUGUGGCUGCUGGAGGGAAUAAUGGGAAGAGUGAUUUGAGGAAUAUUCAUAAGCUGCAGGGAGUCGAUCUAUUUGUGCCGCAGAUGACGCUGGUGCUGCCGAAAGAUGGGACUGUUCCAGUUACGACGAGGGAUUCAUUUGCUACACCCUCUCUCGUCAGUGCUGGUGGAGUAAUUGCUGCUUUUGCCGAAGGUCACGUGAAGGCCCAAAAUACCGCUGAUGCCCAAUUAGAUGGGUCUUCUCCUGAUGUUGUUGCAGGGUACAUUGACUCUGCGUGGGGUUGGUCUACUCUUGUUGGCAAGGUCAAUCAAAGUACAUGGAGGGCACACACCGUGCUUGGUACAACGGAUGGAGCGGAUAAUCGUGUGGAGUUUUUUUACAGCCCCACAACCACCACAAAGGGUAAUAAGGUGUUUCUUCUUACGGGAAGCUCUCUUUGGUCCAAGUUAAGCGGAAGAUUUUAUUGGGACAGAUUGGCCCUCAAACUGGUUGUGGGUACUGUCACGAAUUCUACGGGCGGCAAGCCGAGUAAACGGAUUGUGUGGGGUGCGCCCAAAUUGCUGUUAAGCGUUAACAUUUCCGCUGCUUCUUACGAAAGUAAAUUUGAAAGCUUUUCUCCUUCUGGUGGCUCAGGUGUUCUGAUGGAGGAUGGCGCGCUCGUGUUUCCCGUGUUUGCGUUUGAUGAAGAAAAUGACGGUUUCUCCAUGAUCAUUUACUCGACGGACAACGGCGCAAACUGGAUGCUUUCGAAUGGAACGUCACCUGCGAAAUGCGAGACUCCCCGCGUCACCGAAUGGAAGGGAUCACUUCUCAUGAUUGUUGAUUGCGAGAACGACCAGAAGGUGUACGAGUCGCGUGACGUGGGUGCAACGUGGACGGAGGCCAUCGGGACACUCCCGGGCGUGUGGACCAAGUCAAAAUCGAAAGUCAUUGUGGAUCGGAGCUUUUAUGUGGAAGCCCUCAUCACCGCGACCAUUGAGGGCAGGAAGGUCAUGCUGUACACUCAGCGAGGGUACGCCUCGGGGAAUGAAACGGAAAGAGCGCUCUAUCUUUGGGUCACGGACAGCAUCCGCUCUUUUUGUGUUGGACCGGUUGCCGUGAGGGAUCGUAAGAAUUGGUUGUUUACCAGCAACCUGCUGUACUCGGAUGGCAAUUUGCAUCUUUUACAUCAGAGGGAAAAAGAUGAAGGCAGUGCCUUGUCGCUUUCUCGUCUGACGGAGGAGCUGAGUACGAUCAAUUCUGUCCUCAGUACUUGGUCGCAAAAGGACGCCUUCUUCUCCAACUUGACCAUACCCACGGCGGGCCUGGUGGCAGUAUUGUCCAACGCAUUGUCCGGUGAUGACACGUGGAUCGACGAGUACCUUUGCUUGAAUGCGACGGUGACGCCUAAUGCAAAGAAGGUCAGAUAUGGAUUUCAACUGACGGAGCCCGACUCCAGGGUAAUGUGGCCUGUGAACACUCGGGGUGAUAAUGUGCGCCAUGUAUCCUUGAGCCACAACUUCACACUUGUGGCUUCGGUGACCAUCGAAGAGACUCCGAGUGGGAACACUCCUCUACUGACCGCGACGUUGGCGGACACCAAUUCCAAUCAUACCGUGGGACUGUCGUAUACGGCGGAUAGGACGUGGGGGACGGGGCUCAAAGGAAAGAAAACAACACAGAGCGGCAGUUGGGAGCCGAAGAAGGGAUACCAAGUGGCACUCAUGCUGCAAGGCAAAAAGGCCUCUGUGUACAUUGAUGGUAAGUUGCAGAGGCAGGAAGAGGUGCCGUUAACGGGUGAGAGGCAACUUGAGCUUGUACGCUUUUGCUUUGGCGCGUGCGGUGAGGAUGCCGGCCAGAAAACUAAGGUGACGGUGAAAAACGUCUUUCUGUACAACCACCCACUGAAUUCCACUGAGAUAAAUGCACUCAAGGACAAGGCCCACACUUUGAAUGGCCCGGGGGGAGCACUGGCGGGGUGGGCAGCUCUGGAGGGAGCUGCCGCCAGAGAACAUGCGGCUGUGGUGGGCUUGACAUCUGCUGGGAGCGGACUGCUGCCGCUGCUUCUUCUGCUGGUACUGUGGGUAUUUGCGGCUGCGUGA